CAGGCGCACAGUGAUGACGAGACAACAUGCUCAUACUUUGCGACGCGCUUGUUAUUUUUCGUGGGGGAGAUCAUUUAGCUGCAACGUGUUAACAGCAAAUCCAAAAACUUAUUCCGCGCUUCGACGAAAUGUCUUUCCACGACGACGAAUCCGCGGAUCUCGGGGUAGCUGGUCAAUCAAAGUUGGAGAGCUUCCUGUUCAGCUGCGAGCUGUCCUCCAAAGUCCCUUUCUACACUUUCCAAGGAGAUGAAGAGGAGGACCUGGAGCACUUUCUUGAACUCAGAACAGUUUGCCUGGGAGAAGGCGCCAAGGAGGAGAGCAACGUGGUGGAGGUAACAGCCAUGAACCACCAAGGAAAGACUGUUUCAGUGCCCAUCGCCAACCUUCACAUCAGCUGUCUGCCCAUGGUGAGUCUGGGAGAGUUUGAGCUGAAAGCCCCAGUGACCAUCCGGCUCAAGGCGGGGUCGGGCCCAGUUACUGUCAGCGGACUACACCUUAUUGCCUCACAGGUUGAAGACUCCGAUCUGUCUGAUGAGGAUGACGAAGAUGAUGAUGAGGAGGAGGAGGAAGAGAUCACCCCCAUUAAACCAGCAAAGAAGAAGCAGAAGCAGUAGGCGGAGAGGUCGCUGAUGCUUCCUUUUGAAUGGCCUCCCUUGCUCGCCGAUACGUUUUGAGAAAUGCAGCAGAUUUUUGUACCAGACGGACACAUUUUAUAGAGUUACUACUUCUUCCACACAGCCACGUGAAUGCUUAGUGUGGUGGCAGCUAAACAUGCUGUGAGAGGAGGGAACAUCGCGAGGGGUUCUAAUGUUCUUGCCUCUCCUCUCGGUCUGAGCAGUGUAUGUAACUGCGUUUAAGACAUUCAUUUAAUAGAACUGUUUUUGCUAUUAAAUGCUACCCAGUGUUUUAUACUGUAUAUGAUACAGUCACCACUGCUGACAUGGAUUUAUUGCACCAGUGGUGGAAAAUUUGUCUUUUACCACCGUCGGAUUCUGGUAUUGUUUGAAGAGACUGUUCUUGUAAAAGUAAAAAAUGUGUGUGUGUGUGUGUGUGUGUGUGUGUGUGUGUGUGUGUGUGUGUGUGUGUUUCAGACAGUAAAGAACGGUUUCCAGAUCAAUUGUGAUUCCAGCUGAAUGGUGCAGACGAUUUACAUACAUACAGAUUAUUAAAUGUUUAACAAGAGUAUCUCCA